AUGCUCGAGGGCGAGCCUGCGCGAGGCAACAGCGAGUUUGAGAACGGAGACCGCUACGUCGGAGACCUCUCCAGCACCGGGAAGAGGGAGGGUCACGGCACGUACUACUACACCUCCGGGGACAAGUACACGGGCGAGUGGGCGGCUGGGAAGCAGCACGGCCAAGGGGUGUACGCUUACGUCAACGGCGACCGGUACGUCGGGGGCUGGCAGCUCGGCCGGCCCAGCGGCGAAGGUUGCUACUUCUUCCGCUCGGGCAAGGUCUUUUCAGGGCAGUACUCGAACGGCAACCCAGACGGGCCUGGCGCAUUCUCCUACCCCAAUGGCGAGCGGCUGGAUGGCGUCUGGAACGGAGGUUCCUUCCCCUCGCACGGCGUCUAUCACUACGCCAACGGGGACUGCUACGGUGGCUCGUGGCGCGCGGGUAAGAAGCACGGCACAGGGACGUACUACUUCAGCUCGGGCGCGAAGCAUCAGGGCGAAUACUGCGAUGGCAAGCCGCACGGCUACGCCAUCUUUGUGGAGGCCAGCGGCGCAGCGUACCAGGAGGAGUGGAAGCAGGGUCGGCGCGUGAGCCGAGAGCCGCUCUCCGGCCCGGAGCGCUCCCACGGGGAAAGAGCUGCUGACAUCGUGACUACGUGCGCGUGA